AGCUGGAGAGAGUUCGUAUGUGUAAUCAUUUACUGUCAACAUUUCGACGAUUUCACACUCUUUAUAGGACUAACAAUGUUUUGGACCAGAUAACACCUGUCAAAUUGGAUAUACUCUAUACUUCUAUAGUGAUAUAACGCUGCACACUCUUCCAAGGAAGGAGUUAUUCGUAUUUUCUUGUAAGGAAUUUUCGGACCGAUUUGUUCAUGAUGGCGGCCGUGUGUCUUAUUCGAUGGCUUAGUUUAAUGUUUGUAACCUUGUUAUGUGCUAUUCCUCAAUCCCAAGCGACGAUGGGAUGUAGUGAAGUAAAAACUGCAUAUGGACAGAAGGGUUUUGAUACAACAGAGGUGCCGUAUUGGGCCGUUUCAGGUGAACAUUUACGGACCUGUCCACAGGGCUUCACAUGCUGCACCCAGGAUAUGGAGCAGAAAUUGGAAUUACAAUCACAACAAGACUUUGUCAAAUUACAAGAGCAGGUUACCGAAAAUUUAAGAUAUAUAUUCAAGAGUAGGACGAUAAAAUUUGACCAAUUUUUCACAGAGCUCCUCGAGAAAGCUAAAAAAGACUUACACAAUAUGUUUGUCCGGACAUAUGGUUUAUUAUACCAAAGAAAUUCCUAUGUGUUUAUGGAUCUUUUCAACGAUUUGCGGAGUUACUACAAGGGGAAGGAUCUUAAUCUCGGAGAGGCGCUCGAUCGGUUUUUCACCGUACUCAUGCAGAAGAUGUUUGAAUUGAUAAAUGCUCAAUACCGCUUCGACCAAUCGUAUCUCAACUGUGUGACGGAGUAUAUGGACGAUUUGAAGCCGUUUGGCGACGUGCCGCACAUCUUGUCUCACCAAGUGAAGCGGGCGUUUGUGGCCGCGAGGACGUUUGUUCAGGGCCUUGCGAUUGGCCGUGAUGUCAUCAAUGCUGUGUCAAAGAUGGAGCCCUCCGGAGCCUGCCUGAAAGCGGUUAUGAAGAUGAUGUACUGUCCCCAUUGCCGAGGUCUUCCCAAUGUCAAGCCAUGUAACAAUUAUUGUCUCAACAUUAUGAAGGGUUGCCUCGCAUUCCAAACUGAGCUCAACACAGAAUGGAAUCAUUACAUUGAUGCCAUGAUGCUGCUUGCCGAGAGACUCGAGGGUCCUUUUAACAUCGAGUCAGUGGUCGACCCCAUCAAUGUCAAAAUCUCCGAAGCCAUUAUGAAUUUCCAGGAGCACAGUGGCGAAGUUUCUUCCAAGGUUUUUGCCGGUUGUGGCCAACCUCGUCUCCAGGGCCGAAGAAGACGCGACGCCGCCCCUAAGAAUCAAGACGACUAUUCCUUCGGCUUCAACUAUCGUAACAAGGACUAUGUGCGCCCGACGACGGCCGCUGGAACGAGUCUCGACCGUCUCGUUAAGGACAUCAAGGGCAAGGUGAAGCUUGCUCGAGGAUUCUGGUCCAAUAUUUCGUACUCUAUUUGCAACGACGAGAAAGUAUCUGCACCUCCAAGUAACGAGAAGGAUUGCUGGAACGGUCUCGGAAAGGCAAAAUACAUGCCAGAGAUCAUGAAAGACGGCAUCAUGAAUCAAGUCAACAACCCCGAAGUUGAAAUAGACGUGACAAAGCCAAACAGUCUUAUCAACCAACAAAUCCUACAGAUGAGAUUGGUGACGAGUCGGUUAAAGAACGCUUAUAAUGGUCUCGAUGUGGACUGGAUUGAUACAGCUGAUGUUUUCGGCAGCGGCAGUGGCGAUUCAGACUUCGAUAUGAGCGGCAGCGGCUCGGGAGACGACAACAAGAAUGGCCAAGACGACAUACAAUUCACGGGAUACACGACACGGCCAAAGGACAGUGGCAUCAGGGGCGGACACAACAACAAGCCAUCGUGGGAAAAUACUAUGAUUACGAGAAAGCAUAAUGACAAUUCAGCCGGAAGUCUGCGAUCGUUCCCUUUGACUUUAGUCGCGCUACUCGCAGUUGUGCUAUAUCGGUUGUUGUGAUGUCAUCAAUUUUGACGCGGGGAUUAUUCCUCGUUGACUAUUUUUUAGGCAUCGUGUCCUGUCUGUAGGUAUGAAACAAUGUGAUGUGUGGGGCCUUUGGAAUGUCUGACUCUGAUCGAACAGACGCCGAUUUGCCCAAAAGUUUACCUUAGCAGACGGAUGUAAUGAUGUCAACAAUCAUUGUGCGCGAGAACUGAUGAUGUCAUCAGUUUAUGUGCACAUAGCCAAUGUGUUCAUCAUUUCAUGGGAGCCAUAGAAACAACAUAAACAAAAGCCAACAAUGAUAAGAAGACCUGCCUUACCUUCAAACUUUUCGAUACUUGUAGUUUGAAAUUCUGGUAGUGCCUGAUUUUUUUUGGAAAAUGCACUUACAAAUCCUUAUUUUUGUGAAAGGUUGCGAUGCUUCUUUCAGUGUAGUAUUUUGUGACUCUUUAUUCCCCGAUAUAUUUAAAAAUUUACACAAUUUUAAAACGAACAAAACAUUUUAACAACAUUUAACGCAUAGCGAGGGUAUGUCUUUUUCUACUGAAUGAAAAUUUACUUGUGAUAGGUUAAGUCAAUGGGUUGAACAUUAUGCUGUACAUGAUUACUAUUAUAUAGAAAACAAUUAACUCCUGUAAAUACAUACGUUUACAUGUUUACAUAAAAAAUAUUGAAACGGUCAAAUUUACAUGACGACAACUAUACAUGUAACACAUCAAAUGUGACAAAUUGAUUAAUUAAUUAAUUAAUUAUCUGUCUCCAAGUUAAUUUCCGACAAUCAGUUAAUCAAUUAAUUGAUUGAUUGAUAUUAAAAACUGUGCUGUUAUUGUGUCAGUUUGUGUCAAGUCUUUUCAAGAAUCCGAAUUCAGAAUGAUGUGAAUAGAGAUACGUACAAGCAAUAAAAACGGCACAAAGUAGGGUCAAAUUACGUCAUCAUUUUAUACCUCCAAAAUGUAUUCAGUUAAUGUACAUGUAUGUAACAAACAAACAGCUUACGAUCCAUGUAUUAUGUACGACACCCAACGACAGGGUAAUUAUUUAUGUAGAAUUUGUAAUUUUAUACUUUGAGUUGUAAGUUUAAUGCAGUAUAUGCACUUAAUAUUACAGUGUUCAGUGCAGGCUAAGGCGCGACGGUGGAUAGUGUCAAACUUGUGUAGAUUCCAAGAAAUUUUGUAAAUAGUUAGAAUGGAUGGUAAAUCAGGUGCUGUGCAUUAGUUGUGCAACAGUGACGAGUCGUAAUAAUUACAGGGUCCAGCCCUGCAGACUCCGAAAGAUGCAGCGCACAGCACACUUGAUGAAACUGUGAAAAGAACAGAAUUCUACAACGGUAUUCUGUAGAGGAAUUGAUAAAAAGUGACGAUUUAUGGCCAAAGAUGGCGUGACAGACUAACAUGGGUGUUACGGUGGAUAAUCGAGCAAAUAUGGUACCUGGUAACCAGCUGUUGGUCUUGGUGACAGAAGGUCACCUUGGCGACCAGCAGCCUGCCCUUGGUAACCAGCAGUUGCUAUGGCAAUUGUUGCUAGAUGGACUAUAUCUACCUCAAAUAGGGCUACCCAGUGUGAAUCUCAUUCACGCAGUGUCUGUGUCUUGUGCUUGGUAAAGUGUCUGGUCCGAGACCUUAAUGCCUUCUUGCCUACAUGUGCGUGUAAAAGUUGCAAUUGAGAUUAACUGCUUGUACUUGUGCAGAUUGUGAAAUUUCUCAGCAAACUUUCCUGAAGUGUUAUUAGGUCUAACUGACGCGUCGUUGUUGUAAGUGUUUAUUUCUUGCGUCUCAAGAGGGCGCAAGUGUGAGGAUUGAUGCGUCGCAAUGGCUCUGAAUGUACAGUUUUCACUAAAAAAAGGGUGUUUUAUAGUAUUUAUGAAUCUUAUAAGUUUAUUAAUUGUACAUGUUAGUUUUUGUCGUUUACUAAAUGCCGGGAAAUUCUGUUUAGUUCUCUCGAUAGGUCAUGAUAUCAAGUUGUGUAUCGUCUGUCUGGCGAGUCACAAUAUUGGGGGGGGGGGGGGGGGGGGGGGCUACUAUAAUUUGUCCAGGAAAUUUAGAGGAGGCUGAAUGAUAAGCAAAAUAUUUGUAAUGUUUUUGGUCACAAAUGUUUACAUCUUGAAAAUUUUCCUAGGUGCCAUAGGUUGUGAAGGAUAACUUUUCAGUUGAACAAAAUAUCUUGACCCUUUCGUUGCGGCAGCCAUUUUUCGGCGGGCACUCCGUCUGCUGACAGUGGAGACCAAUAUUGAACAGAAGAGCUAAAUUUUAUCAGAAUGGUCAAUACAUGUCGUGCGCAGGUCAUGGGGCCAUGUUCAUGACGUGUUAUGCACGCCACCCGCAGCAAAGGGUUGAUAGUCCUUGUGUGAUAUUCAUUACAGUUCAGUUAUACUCACGGCCCAAUGAGAUUCAUAAUACGCUUGAGCAUGAGAAGUUAUGUAGUAUACAGUCCAGGUCACAAUUGACAUCCCGUAAAGCGCGUCAUUGACGUGCUACCGAUGCCUAUGUUGUGCGCAAGUUGCACAUAAGUCGCACAUAGGUGGCGCAUAACUUACUCGAAACAAAGAGAGAUAAGCGCGUCAUUGGUGCACAACUCGCGCGUACCUUGCAGGAUGGAUGUUAAUUGUGAUUUGGACUGUAUAUUGUAUUAAGGGUGGACUUUAUUUCAUUUAUUGACAUACCUCAACAGAUUGAGACCAAAGAUAUAAUACUCAGGAUGGUUUGAGGUUCAGGGUAAAAAUUAUGACAAUCAAGUUGAUAGUCAGUUAGGUGCCAUUCUGUUUUACCUAGGGGGUUGAACAAGUGGGAUUUUCCCUAAGGGAUUCUGACAAAAAGGGAUAUUUCCCUUGUGAGGGAGUUAAGUCAAAUGGGGAUUUAUUAGGUUCAGUUAAAGGUUUGCUUUAUCUCUGAUACUAAGGUGGUCGCAAUUGGUUAAAACUUUAAGUGAUCUGUUCCUCGAGUACAAGGAAAAAAGUGUGACUUUAGGCUAAGUUUUGUGAUUGAAAAGAAACCUGGUUCAAUUUUUAGCUUUUUCAUAUAUCUUUGUAAAAGGGGAACAGACCACUUGAAGAUGCAUACCGAUGCGACUCCUUGUUCGAGUCACUUAUUAUGACCUAUAUUUUCUGCGGUUACAUUUUUCUCGAAUUUCCUGGCACUUAGCAAAAGCAGUCCAUUGCAUGAUUUCCUCGUUGUCUGUGUAUUAUUAUGAUCUGCAUCAUAGCGUUGCUUGUGCCACCUAAUGGCCACACGGUGCAACGCUCUAUCAUGUAACGUAUUCGUCUUUAGUCUUUGACAAUCAUGUGUUGGUGAAGUCGCGUUUUAAAAUGAUCGUUUUACAGCUCGUCUCUAAAGCUGUAAAAAGGUGGUAUCUGAGUGAUACAAAGUUAUAUAUAUGAUUGAAAUCAUAUGAAUUCUUAUCAAAUAUUAAUGAUGGUCUGAUUAUUAAUUUUUGUUUUUAUUUAUGGGAGAAUGUUGUAAAAAUAGAAUGCUUGGUAGAUUUUCGCGUUUCGGGCCAAAGCUGGUUGCCAACUGUCACAAGAAAAAGCCGGAAAAGUUAGCAGUGGUCUUAAUCUUGUUUUUUGUUUGCCAAAAAGUUGUGUGGUUGCCAUCCCCAUCUAGGCCGAGCAUCCUAAAUUGUUAGUUUUAAAAAAUUGAUGUCAAGACAAAAAAGGCUAUUCGUGAAGCAUAUUUUCAAAAAGAUAUGAAAAUAAGCUGUCAUUCUCAGCUUCAAUUUGAAUACAUAUAAUUUCUAACCAAAUCGAAUAGAAAUUGAGAUUUAGAAAUUUUGGAGGAAGAAAUGGACUUUGGCUUAUUUGAGGAUUGCAACCAUUUUGUCUAUUGCCACACAUCCCCUGCUGGGGAAAACCCUAGUGCUUAAUGUUGUCUGUGACUUAUACAAAGUUCAUUUCACCAAAGCUACAAGAUGUAAUGAAUGUGCCUGAAAUUUUACAUCAAAUUAUAAAAUUUUACUUGGUGUGUACAUCUGAGUAACUACGAGGUGAAAUCAACUCCUACCAACUCUAAAUCUCAGUGCAGAUCGCCCAUUUUGAUAACGAAAACAUGUUAUGCUGUGCCAUACUUAAGGCUUCCAGAGCGACUUGGUUACGAAGGUUACCAUUGUCUCAAUGUGACUCAAACCACAUAGUCUGCACAUACAUGUACAACUCCUAUAUUUUAUACAGAGUACAGUUCUUGUCAAGUGAAAUGUAUAGAGACUUUGCGUCACCUUAACGAGAUAAAAUCUGCUGUACUUUAUGUACAAUUCUAAGUUAAGUGUAUUGGGUUCUCUGUGUUGAUAUGCACGAUAAUGCAGCAACAGUGUAUGGAUAAGGUGACUCUUGUAAAAACAUUUUAUACAAAAUAAACGAUUAGAAAAAUACAAAAUUAUUCGUACGCUGUAAUUUUAUGUGUUGAAGUGACCUGGGAGAAUUGGACACCUGUGUCGUAUUUUUUUACCCGCAGAUUUCUGUAAGUGUAGUACUCGUAACUCAAGCUGAGGUAGUUUUACGCACAGGCCAAUUUCAAUUUAGUACUUAAAUCUUCCAAAGUCAAUGUAUUUUCCUUGUGUAUUCAAAGGCAUGGUUCGCCUGUGGACGUUAUUUAUUGUCUGUCCUACAAGUAAUGCUGCAGUACAGUAACCAGGCACGCAAAUGCGGUGAAAACUGACUUACAGUCCAAAUCACAAUUGACAACCAUCCUGCUUCGCGUCAGUGAGGCACAACAAACGCGCGAGUUACGCUCCAAGUUGUGCGCCAGUUACGCACCAGUGACGCCCUUAUCUCUCUGUUUCGCGUAAAUUUCGCGCGACUAAAGAGCAACCUACAUGCUUGGUAGCGCGUCAGUGAUGCAAUUUACGGGACGUCAAUUGUGAUUUUGAUUAUACAAAUGUACAUUGUGUAGAAUCAUAUCGACAUGAUUACAAAAUUUGAGCUAAUGACUCUAACCUUUAAGACUUCUGCUGGCUUUUCUGGUGUGAUGACUCCCCUUACAUUUAACAGAUUUUAAUAGAUGUCUCCUGAGAUCUGUUUGGAGAUUUUCUCUGUUUGACAUUUGUGUUGGCUUGAGAUUUAACGUACAAGUGCACUGAUUAUGUAUAGCCUGGGAAAUGAGUUCCUUGAGAUUCUAUGUCACCAGAAUUGCAGGGCUUAGCUGUACAUUCUGUACAUGCAAUGCUCAGGCAAUUCUGAUCAGCGUAAGGUGAGCCAAGAUGACAAUCCUACAGAAGGACAUGGUUCAGUUCACCCUCAGUAGACCAACUUCAUCGGUGCAUUUAUAUAGGAAACUGUACAAUAAUGUGAAGGUGAAAUUGGCCAACGAUCGGGGAAACCAAAAGCUGUUGUCUGAAUGGUCCUAUACUUCCAUUCACAGCUCUCUAGAAGUCUGGUCCAAUCGCUGCUUCAGGUUCAACCCAGUAACAUCAGAUGUACAUGAAACCACAUGUCAAUAUGAUGUUAUAAGCCAACAUGCUUUCUAACAACCGAGCCCUGGCUGUUGCCUCUUGUCCCUUCCUUGUGGCCAUUGUGGCCAGUCUCUCGGUGUCCCAGAAUUGGCACUUCUGAAGCACAUGCUCUGGCGUCCGAUCAAACGCAAUAAUACUCCUGCUAGAUGCACAAUGUUCUGAUCUACUGUUGUGUCUGCCAUAGAACCUAGCAGUCAUUUGAUGACGUGAAAUGUUGUCUUUCAUGCCGUGCUUCAUUUUAAUGACACUUUAGUAAUAAUCACAAGAAAAUAUUUGGCCAUUUUGUAAAUAGGGUGAGAAAACUUUAGCCCUUUCACUUUGACGCAGAACAGCAAGUCAUCUAACCACUUUUCGAAGAAAGGUGAACAUUUAAGAUUUUGUAGUUUUAGUUAUAUUAUUGAAAAUUUGACAUAACUCUGCAGUUUUGAAUGAAAGGGUUAAUUUUUGACUGUGUCUGGAGCUUGGGAUAUGUCUUUGUACAGAUUGUGUUGGAAUUUUUUCCGUGUUAGAUAAAAUUGUCAACGCUACCACCCCUCAAUAGUGUGAUAUUUAAUAUAGACCUGCCUCCAUGUACAGCAAAUGUAUAAGGGCGAGGCCACUUGAUAAAAAAUCAGGGGUGGUAGGGUUGAUUUUAUGGGCAGUCCAGCUUUUAGAAAGUUGUUGUUAGUGAUUGUUAAUGUGUAAGUGUCCAGAGUUAUGGCCCAGUACUUGGCACUAUUCACUGACUUGUGCAAGACUGGUGAAAGUUUCUUUGCUUGUGCAAGAUUAUGGCUUUAGCAAACUUCUUCUAUGACUCCUGCAGAAGCAUUUAAGCAGCCCGCAAAUGUGACAUUUUUAUCACUGCAACCUGUAAUAAUUAUCACUGCGAUGAGUGACAAUAAGAAUGCCUGUCUGCAGGUAAAACCGAUAAUCGCUAGCUUUGAUAAUUACCUUUCUGCAACGAUCAAUUUUUGUCACAGGUGCUGGCAAAGACCACCACAAGUGAGAGAAGUUUGUCACUUGCAUGUGCAGUAAUCAUUGCAUGUCAAUGCAAAAGAAACUUCUAGUUGGGGGCACUUUAGCAAAAUUUUGCUAGGAUAAUGUUUAAGAGUGAUUUGUUAGGGUUUCAGUUGUGAUUAGUAUAUUUGAAAAGAAAUUCCAAAGUCUGCCAACCUAAGCAUGGUGGGUGAAACUGUUCAAACACUUUAAUGUUCACUUCGGCUUGUCUUCACUGAUUGAGACAGGUUGUUAAGUCUUUGCCAUGCAAUGCAUUCGGAAUGCACAGCAUUGUACAGGAGCUUUGCUCUGCUUAGGGUGGCAAGGAUUUUAUACUAAGCUGAAUGUAUUAUUGCUUAGUAUUAUUUCCAAAUUGUCUUAACUUGCUAGACACCCACAGUAGUCAAAGACAUCAUUUUGAGAAUUUUAAUUUUGCUUCGUGGGAUGGUCGCAGGGAAGUCUUUUGAUUGUCCACAUGGAUCGCUUGGUCGACAAAGUUUAGCUUUCAAUGUUUCUAAGUUUCGACUUUAAGUAUUAUUAAUGCAAUCAAGAUUAAAUAAAGAAUUAUCACAUGUGGUCUUUAUUUAUUCUUGAUACAAGGAGAUGUAAUCUCGGACUAUUGUGAGACAAAAAAAUGCUCAGAAAACUUUGUUUUGCAUGUGUGUUACCUUAAAGCAUAAUACAAAUCGUAGAGAGAACCUUUUGCAGCCCAGGAUACUAAAGACUUAAAGGAAGAGUACAUUGAAUUAGUGAUGACUGUCAUAUGUAUGGUAUAUGGUGACAGACUUCUUUGGUAGACUUUCUGAUACAAUACGCCUUUAUCUUGGUAAACAAUUUGCAAAGGGUUAAUUCAGGCCUGUUCUGUGGUGAUGCUGAGUUGGGUCAGAAAAGGAGUGAAUGAAUCAUGAGAUGAUUUGCAUAUUCAAAUGAGCAUUUUGAACUAACCAAUCAGGCCUGCAGGUGCCCUUCCUCAUUAUGAAUUAUUCAUAGAUGAUUUGAAUGAUUGGACAAAAUGUUGAAUUUUGCCCAAACAGACCUGUGAGUGCUCCGAACUUUCCCUUGGACGGAUCACUGAUUUUACAUUAUUGUUUUGGCCAUUCUGAUGAGUGACUGGACCUGGUUACAGAUAUUUUAAGUGUUUACCAAAUAGCGACCAAACAAAAGUUACACUUCCUUUAGCAGUCUCUUCAAUCAUAUUUCUGACAAAUUUCCAGAGGUUGUUUGCUGUGACACGUGCUGUGUAUUAGUGGUGUAAAAUUUUACAAUUUCAAAAAAGCGUUGUAGUAUUUUAUAAGCAAAAGAAAUACAAAGAAAUUAAUUGCUAUUAGAUUUCAUAUGCUUUCCAGAGAAGUUUGUAAAUUCUACUACUGCAGAUUUUUUGUGAAAUAUUCGAAUGUAUCAACACUCUAAAUAUCGUUGUACAGUAUCGCACAGCAAUAAUUAUUUCUUUGAGAAACAUUUUAUGAGAAACUUGUGAUUCUUUGUGGGUUUGGCAAAGUUUUGCUCGGGCUCCAAAGGGUUAAUAACUGCUUCAACAGAAUACUAUGUUUUUAAUUAAACAUGCCCGUAACUACAUACCAAUAAAAUUUUUAUAGUUUUUAGGAACAAUGCUUUUGGCAUUUUUGUAUAGAAAAUAUAAGGAAACUUCAUGUUGUACAUGUAUAUGCUACCAUUUUUCCUAAUUAACAUAAUGCAGAUCAUGAAUAUUUAUGAGAUUGCAUUGAUCAUGUGUCACAGCAACAAGCGUCUGCCAUAUUGUGUCAUGGGCAUUUGGUCUAAAACAAUUUGGGUGAACUACACUUUAUCACUGCAUGUAUCUGAAAUUUAUUGCCGCCUUUCACCAGAGUCAACACAAAUUUACUUAAAAAUUACCAAAACCCACACUUUUUGGCAGCACAUGAAACCUUUUGAUUCCCUUUUGUUGGGAAUUCUAGAGAUCUGGGAUAAGUUAUUGGCCUUCUAGCAAAAAUUCAAAAGUUUUGAUGAUCAAAUACAUGCAUGUAAAAACAUUUAAAAAUCAUCUUCUAUAAUUAUUGAAGAAUUGCCAAUACGAUGUACAGUAGAACCUCUCUAUCAAGGACACCCUCAGGACUGAAAAGUGCUGUCCUUACUAGAGAGGUGUCCUGAUAAGUUAGGUCAAAUUGAAUGGAAAUAACCAAUUUGGGACCAAAUCAAGAGUCCUUGAUAGAGAGGUUGUCCUUAAUAGAGAGGUGUCCGCUAAGGGAGGUUCUACUGUACCUGUCUUUUCAGAAUGAAAAAUAUUUCUCAAUGACCAUUGGACAAGAUAGUGACUUUGGCGUCACCCUGAGUUGGUGGAGGGCCUUUCUGUACUGGUGUACAGAAAGCUGCACUUCAUGCAUUACAGGUUACGGCCAGCUUGGCACAAUACAAAACGCCACAUUCAUUUCAUUCUCUGCACCAUUUUUAUCAACUUCAUCAAGUGAUUUGUAUAGUCACCUAACAUUAGUACCUAACAUUACCACAAGGGGCUCUGAAUAACUUUUCCUCUCAUGCGUCAGAUUAUGUCCAGUGUGGAUGUGUAUUUUUCCGCAUUCAGUUAGAAAUAUGUUACCAACUUUAUGCUAUAUAUACUUAUAACAGGAGUGAAAAAAAACUUGUAACAUCUUACCUUAUUCUUUGUUUCUCAGUGUACGUCAGCUCCUUGCUCCUUGCCCCCUGGUGGUGCUGUUAGGUACUUUUAGGUACCAACUAGGGCCAGCAUAGAUUACUUGUAAAAUGAGGAUAAUAUUUUAUUUGAAUAAAAUUUAUAUGUAAAAACCAA